AGCGGCUGUAAGUUUCUUCCAAUCCUGCGGGGGCAGCGGUGAGUCCGGCGGCGCUCAGGGUUGUUUCGCGGUCACUGCGGCUCCGUGUAUUUGUUGAAAUGGCGAAGUUUGGCGAUUUAAAAGCCUUUCUUGAAUCUUCAUUAAAUGAAAUCUUCCGCGCGACGGUCAGUGACGUUCUGGAUUCAGUGGAGCAAACAGUCGGCGAGUAUCAGCUUAAAAUUCAGCGAAUUGAGUCCGAAAAUGAAGAUCUGAGAAAACGACUUUGUGCAAAAGAAAAAAGGACAAAUUAUGUCAAAACAGAAGAUGAAGACUGUGUUGUGGCUCAGCUUGACUUUUCAAGAGACACUUUCAGCCAGACUUCAUCUGCUCAAAUGAGUGAAUACAAUGAUCAGACGAAGAUGGCUGAUUUACUGUGCAGCCGUACAAAAUCACAAACCACAGAUGUCACGCCGUUCCAACUAAACAAGGAUUGUGCAACAACAUGUUUAUUUGUAAAGGCUGACCCAGACACAGAGGAUGGAUGUGCCGUUGACCUUUCAAAUCCUCAUGCUUCUCCUAAAUACACCAGUAAAGAAAUAAAAAUAGAGGAUACUAACGAGAACUUUGACUCGUUGGAGAAUCGUGCGUGCAAUUUGGAAAAUGAUGUCAUACUUGACUUUUCAAGAGACACUUUCAGCCAGACUUCAUCUGCUCAAAUGAGUGAAUACAAUGAUCAGACGAAGAUGGCUGAUUUACUGUGCAGCCGUACAAAAUCACAAACCACAGAUGUCACGCCGUUCCAACUAAACAAGGAUUGUGCAACAACAUGUUUAUUUGUAAAGGCUGACCCAGACACAGAGGAUGGAUGUGCCGUUGACCUUUCAAAUCCUCAUGCUUCUCCUAAAUACACCAGUAAAGAAAUAAAAAUAGAGGAUACUAACGAGAACUUUGACUCUGAACGUCACGCUUUAUUUAAACGUCCUUUAGAGCCAGAGAUCAACUCUAAUGACUGUGAUGUUAAAGUAACGGUAGUGUCAGACAAACACCUUUAUCAUGUUGAUGAGGGUGAGUGCAGCAGACAUGCAGCGUUGGAGGAGGAAGUACGGGAGUCACCGGAGCCCGAUAUCAUCUUUGAUGAAGAGUCCAAUCCAGACAGACUGUCCAAUGAGGGAUCUUCUGGAUUGCUUCAUAUGACGGCGUCGCCGCCAAACUCACAAGAGCUGAGACCAAACUAUUCCUGCGGUCAGUUUAACAAGAGCUUCAAGCACGAAGCAUCGCUCAGCAUCCACUUGAGAUCUCAAAGCUCGGAGAAGACGCACAUCUGCGGCCAGUGCGGGAAGGGGUUCGACCGAGCCGAUCUCCUGAAGAACCACCAGCGCACGCACACGGGAGAAAGACCCUUCGCCUGUAACCUGUGCGGGAAGAGCUACGGCCACCAGGGCCAGCUGCGCAUCCACAAGAGGAUCCACACAGGCGAGAGGCCGUACUGCUGCCCGCACUGCGGCAAACGAUUCAACGAACACAACCAGCUUAAAGUCCACCUACGGACCCACACGGGCGAGCGGCCAUACACCUGCACCGUAUGUAGCAAAACCUUCACCAACGCCGGAAACCUGAGGAGCCACCAGAGAGUCCACACCGGAGAGAAGCCGUACGCCUGCGGCCAGUGCGGGAAGAGGUUUAUCGGUAUGGGCGACCUUAAAACACACUACCGCAUCCACACGGGCGAAAAGCCGUACCGCUGCGAGCUGUGCACCAAGACCUUCAGCCAGGCCGGGCAUCUGACCAUCCACAAGCGCAUGCACACCGGCGAGAGGCCGUACGGCUGUGGUGAGUGCGGGAAGCGCUUCACGGUGGCCAGUAGCCUGAAACUGCACCAAUUAACACACACCGGAGAGAAACUGCACACCUGCUCGCACUGCGAUAAGAGCUUCAGCCGGGCCGGACACCUCAAGAGACACGAGCUGGUCCACUCCAAAGAGAAGCUGUAUUGCUGCACGCACUGCGACAGGAAAUACAGUGACCAGUCGUCUCUGAAGAAACACCAGAAACUGCACAUGACAGCCAAGAAUGAAGGCGACCGGAGCGCUGCUGCUGCGCUUGACACAGAGUAACUGUGACCAGACCGUAACGUGUUUCUGCAUCUUCAUUCAUCUUCCUCAUCAUGUUCCUCAGUAUCGCUUCUUACAAUAAACAUGUUGAAUCUGCUGGGCUACAGUGACCGUUGGAUUGAAAUGAUGGUUCCUGUGAUUGAAAAUAUAAUUGACAUGCAUUGAAUUAUAAGGAUCAUGAGAUCUGAUGUUCAUCUCUAAUACUGACCGGUUGUCAUAUUCAUGUUUAAGGAAUACCAUGGCAUUAUCAUGGUAGUUUUUGGCACGUUGCACAGCACACAUACUGUACUGAUGUUUGAUAAUAUAGAUAGGUCUUCAUUCCUUUAGACAGUGUGUUUUCUGUCUGUGACUGUAUGAAUUAUGUUCAUUAGAAAUUAAUGCUGUCGUCCUGUAUGACCUCGUUUGUUAAAUAUCAGUUAUGAUGUAAGCACAUCUUAGAUUAAAUGCAAUUUAACUUAAGCACCUUCUAUAAGAUGUUCUCUAUUGUAUUGUGAAUUAAUGUGAAUAAUUUCAACUCCUCUUAAAUGUUAACUCAAAGCUUCAGUGACAGAAUAAAGCUUUUUAAAUAGGUCAGUGUACUGUUUGAAUCUUUAGAUUUAGUAGUAUUUGAGCUCCAGUGAUCAUUACUGAAGACCAUACCGUGUCACUGUUCAUUAAGCUCAGUCAUAUUAAUCCUAUAAAGAUGCUGUAUCACCAUGAAUUUCUAGGCCUCUAAAUGAUUAACAUGAUCAAACUUAGCUGUUAAACCUGUCGCACACAAUCUACUACAUGUACUACUCUCA